AUGAGGAACGCCACCGCGCAUGCUCGGCUAGUCAUCUUACAGUGGGAGACGACCAAAAAGCCAAAUUGCGCCGUUGUUGUGGACGGCGAAUCUCUGAAUCUGGCCAAAGCUGCACUCGUUGGAAAGCGCAGGGCUGCCGCCGCCUUAUCCAACGACUGCGCGGUCAAGAAGAAGAUUGACCAGAGCGUGGAAGUCUUGCGAGCGCAGCUUGAUCGAGGCUCUACAAUUUACGGCGUCAAUACGGGCUAUGGAGGAAGUGCAGACGUGCGGUGCGAACCGCACGAGGUGCAUAAGCUCCAACAAGCGUUUCUUCAGCACCUGAAUUGUGGAGUACUGCCUGUUCCUUCACUAGGCGGCGGCCUUGCCGACGCGACUUCAUCUUCGUUAAAGGAAGAGUGGGUGCGUGCAGCCAUGCUGAUACGUGCAAACUCCGUUGCGCGUGGCCAUUCUGCCGUCCGCUCAUCGACAAUUGAAGCCCUUUUGGAACUCCUAAAUCGCGACAUCGUGCCGGUCAUACCUACGCGCGGGAGCAUAUCUGCCUCAGGGGAUCUCUCGCCCCUUUCUUACGUCGCCGGUGUACUAGAGGGCAAUCCGCGCAUCUAUUGCUGGACCGGCCCGGCAGACAAUCGACAAAUCAUCGCUGCGUCUGCAGCUCUUCAAGCGGCUAACAUCCAGCCCACAGUUUUCGAACCAAAGGAGGCACUUGGGCUCGUCAAUGGGACAGCAAUAUCUGCUGCUGCCGCGGGUCUCACUCUUACUUCCCUGCACAGCAUACUUUCGUUGAGCCAGCUGCUCACAGCCAUGCACGUCGAAGCUAUUCUCGGAACGGCGACUUCCUUCGCACCUUUCAUCUCAACAGUUCGACCACAUCCUGGCCAGGCGCAGGUAGCAUCGACCAUUUUCUCCGCACUUGAAGGCUCCAAGCUAGCCACGGGCAUCCUCGAGAGUCACGGCCAUACCCUUUUCCAGGACCGUUAUUCUCUGCGUACGGUGCCACAGUGGCUUGGCCCCUUCGUAGAGGACCUUCUACUUGCACAGGAGCAACUCACUGUGGAGCUCAACAGCACAACGGAUAAUCCCCUCAUUGAUCCAGCCACAGGCGACAUCUACCACGGCGGCAAUUUCCAAGCAGUAUCCGUGACAUCUGCAAUGGAAAAGUCCAGACUUGCGGCUCAAGCCAUGGGACGCAUGCUCUUCUCCCAAUUUACCGAACUCGUCAACCCAGCCACGAACCGUGGGCUCCCCCCAAAUCUCUGCGCCGAUGAGCCAUCUACCAGCUUCACGAUGAAGGGCGUGGACACAAACAUGGCUGCGUAUAUGUCCGAGCUGUCUUUCCUUGCGAACCCGGUGCACAACCACGUCGUGUGCGCGGAGAUGGGGAAUCAAGCCUUGAACUCGCUUGCGCUGGUGAGCGCGCGGUACACGGACACGGCUGUCGACAUUCUCGCCAUCAUGUGCGCAUGCACGCUGUACGGUGUGUGUCAAGCGCUCGAUCUGCGGUCCAUGAUGCGCAUUUUCGAGGGGAAGCUGAAGGAGUCCUUCGAUAAGAGCAUUACUGUCUUGCAAGAGUGGUUCGGUGUUUCGGAGGAAUGGGGCGUGGGUGCGAGAACAAAGAUCUGGGAGUACGUGAAAGUGGAGCUGGACAAGACCACCACACUGGAUGCAAGAGAUCGAUUCAGGAGAAUAAUGACAGGCAUUAAGGCACCCCUGCUCGAACUCUUGGGAGAGGAGUGCUUGAACGCGAGUGACAUACUGUUCCACAUCAAGGAAUGGACGGAGACGAGUACGGCGGACGCUGUCAUACUAUUCGAAGAGACAAGACGGGAGUACCUAGCCGCCGGAGACGCGAGCGGACUUUUAGGGCGGUCGUCGAAGCGCUUGUAUCAGUUCGUCCGGAGGUAUUUGAAUGUUCCCAUGCACCGCGGCGUGAUCGACCAUCCGACGUAUCAGACACCUGCUCAAAACGGGGUCACUUCGAUCGCGAACGGAGCAUCAGCGCAUGGGGACGAGUGGAGGAAGAAGACCAUUGGGCACUGGAUCAGCGUCAUUCAUGAGGCGAUCAAGAGCGAUGAGAUCAUGGACGUCGUGGUGGAGUGUUUGAAGGAUGGUCUGGUCGACGAGGAGCAGAAGCUUGAUGCGGAGAUGCGGGAGAUGAGCAAUGGCGCGAAUGGGAUACACUAUAGGCCGGUGUGA